AUGGAGGCUGUCGCUCGUGGGGCUCCACCUGGCGCUCCUCGGUUACUCAAUGGGGCAGCGCUUGCAUCUGGGGCAGCGGUUCUGCCUGGGGCAGCGGCAGUGCCUCGAGCAGUGGAACCCGGUCUGGCCACAGCAGCAGGGGCUGGAGCAGCGGCAGAAGGGGCGGCAGUAGGAGCUGGGGUAGCUACAGCUGGAGCAGUUCACCUCCACGUGCGACUUUUCCCAGCCCUCUCCCCUUCCAUCUGCCUCACCCCUGAUGUACCCCUCUCCCCCAGCAACACCCCCUGUCCCUUCAUCGUCCUUCUCCCCAAGUCCUGUCUCAAGCCUGAGCAGCGAGCCUCAGGGCUGCUGGUGAGGCUGCUGCGAGCAUGUGGCAUGCUGGAGGAUCUGCGGGUGGAAGGCAGUGAUGGAUUCUCGGACACAGUGAUAGCAGGGAGUAAAUUGGAGGUGCUGACUCGGUUGACUGUGGUGGGGUGCGGUGGAAUCACUGCAGACAGCAUUGGCGGGCUGCUGGGGAACGUGCCAAGGCUGCGGUUUUUGAAGGUGGAGGCGAGUAAGGUUUCUGAAAGAGCUCGGAGGGAGUUGCUUCGUGCUGGAGUGGUUGUCAGAGGAGCGUGA